AUGGAGUCAAAUUCGGGAGUUAUGGCGAUUGCUUCCAUAUUUAACAUAGAGUCUCUUAACGUAACCGGACCGCUGUUCACUGUCACACAUAGCGACACACCGGAUGCCUCAAGUCUUGACGAAUCGGUGAUGUCACAGAGUGCGCUGCCGAGACCAUGGCUGAUGGAAAUACCGGUGUCUCCGAACGACGAGCCAGAGAUGCCCACUCCCUAUGCGAUUGCAUCCACCUACUAUCCGGCUUCUCAGCCUUUUUCAGAACCAAAGGAAUGCGUCUAUUUCCAGUCAUAUGACAACCCUUCUACGAUUGUAGAACUUUGCCGGGGCAAGCUGGGCUGGUAUGUGGCAGAGCUAAUCGACGCCCCUGAUGCGGCCAGCUGCACACGGUUGGCAGCGUUGAGUUAUCCCGGUUCUAGCAUGAUCCACCUGUUCUAUGUGACGACCAGUGGAACCAUUUGUGAUCUCGCCUGGUCCCCGGGAAACGGGUGGUCCGCAGGCUAUCUGACUGCUGAAACGGCCCCCAAAAUCUCACCAUGGUCAUCUCUAAGCGCCCUGCGAUCAGCCAACUGUGCAAAGUUGUAUUAUCAACGCGAUACGAAGCUUUGCGAACUCGCGUACGACUUCAAUGUCCGUGAGCUAUGCUACACUGAGUUGGCUAAUGCAGACAGAGGUACUGCCAUCGCCUCAGUCUCGUAUGCCGGCAGUGAGGGGACGAGCUACCACGUUUUUUACCAAGACGACGGCAUGCUGUGGGAGCACCGAUCCCAAGGAGAGGUCCUGACAACCUCCAGCUUGCCGUCACUGACAAAGAUGCCGCCUCAACGCACCUCUCUCUCGGCUAUCUCCUGGUUCACUCAAAGAGCAUAUAUCCGGCUAUAUUACACGUCGGAAACGGGUCAGAUUUGCGAGUUACUAUGGGACGAGCGGGCUGGUUGGAAGCAACGACUGAAUCUUUCCGACAAUGCUACUCCGAAUCUUCAACCGUGUGGCGGGGCUCAUAUCUCAGCGAUGCAGAUGGACAGAGGGGAUAGGAUCCGGGUCUACCGCAACUCCUCUCCCGAGGGGCUAGUCCAAAUGGCCUUUUCGAAGACCAGCAAGAACCCAAAGGUCAGAGCCUUGCCUGCCUCAAAAUAAUCGACCCUAGCCCUGUCAUGCCUUCAAAGGCACAGGUACUGAGUACCUACCUCUCGGUACUUAUGAGGCUCUGCUCGGGUUACCUACACAAGACUGAUUGGAAGUGUGGUCUGCCCAACUUGGAAGUGCACGAAGCCUAAAACU